CAAAAAUGGGUGAUCAAAAGAUUAAAUCAUUAUGCGUAUCUUGGUGGUCAUUACUUUAUCAUUUCUUUUCGGCUGACUUCUCGCUCUUCCUGUUCUAUUCAUUAUAUAUAUAUACUUGUUUGGCUUGGCCAAACUCAUUGCAGAACUAAACUAAAUCUCACAUCAAUUUUGAGAAGAAAAAAAAAUUAAAAUGGAAUGCUUGCAAAUGAUUUCUUUGGCACUAUGGAGCAUGAUUUUUAUAAAUGCAUCAGCAUAUGAUUCAUCAAAGGAGCCAUUAAUUUUGGCGAUGUUUGUUUUUGGAGAUUCAUUAGUAGAUAACGGUAACAACAACAAGCUACACUCUGGAGCAAAAGCUAAUUAUAUGCCUUAUGGCAUUGAUUUUCCAGGAAAGCUAAUUAUAUGCCUUAUGGCAUUGAUUUUCCAGGAAAUCAGAAUUUGAGUCAGUACUUGGCAAACUCAUUGGCAACAGUGAUUAUGGGAAAUAAUGAUUACUUAAACAACUAUCUCAUGCCUGAAUUUUAUGGUACUAGCUUUGUGUACAACCCAAAAAACUUCGCUGACAUCCUCAUUGAGAAUUACAAAAAACACAUAUUGGACCUUCAGAGUUUGGGACUGAGAAAAUUCUUUCUAGCAGCAAUUGGGCCACUUGGUUGCAUACCGUAUCAAAUAUCCAAGGGCAUGAUCCCUCCAGGACAAUGCGAUACUUAUAUCAACGACAUAGUUGUCCUGUUCAGCAAUUUGUUGAGAUUUUUGGUGGAACAAUUGAACACAGAAUACACAAAUUGUAUUUUUGUAUAUGGCGAUACUUUUAAAGUUUUCAAUGAGUUGAUUGCAGAUUCAAAUAGAUAUGGAUUCAAUGUAAGUGAUACGGCAUGUUGUGGUAUUGGAAGAAAUAAAGCACAGAUAAAUUGUUUGCCAAUGGCUAAUCCAUGCUCAAAUAGAGACCAAUAUGUGUUUUGGGAUCCCUUCCAUCCAACUCAAGCCGUGGAUAAAAUUAUGGCCAGUCAGGUUUUUAGUGGACCACCAUCUGUUUGUUACCCAAUUAAUGUACUUCAGAUGGCACAAAAGCAUUUAUCAAAUGGUCAAAACAAUAUCUCAAUCGCAUUCUAGUAUGCCUAAGUAAAAGUUUUUGUAAUAUUUUAUUAUGGAAUGAUUCCUAAAUGAAUUUCAAUGUAAAGUAUAUGCAAAAA